UGCUCCUCUGUUCAUACUGUAGCGAAUGCUCCCCCUAUGUUCCACUUUAGCUUGUGUCAUUCUGACCAGCUAAAAGCACAGGAAGAAUCGUCUCCCAGUGGUUGACAACAUGAGGAGAUAUUUGGUGAUAAAAAGGCUUCCUUUGCUGUGGUUGAGGAGGGACACUACGCAGAAUGAGUCCAGUCCGCUCAUACCAAAGGCUGCAAAAGAGGAUUCUGCGGAGCUUGGCCAUGUCACCACUGAAUUUCACCAAGAGGGGCAAAACAAUGGACAGGACAACAACAGCCCUGUAUUCCAACCCCACUACGGUUAUUCUUUGAUGGACUAUUUCCUAAAAUACUUCCUGUUCCUAUGCAAUCUGGUGUUCACAGUUCUGGGCCUGGUGGUUCUUGGACUGGGCAUGUGGGGCCUCAUCAGCAAGGAAUCGUUUGCUCAGGAGAAAAUAGGCAGUAUUGGCACUGACCCAAUGCUGAUAUUUGUGACUCUGGGCUUUGUGCUGACUAUGCUCUGCCUGUCAGGCUGUGUAGGAGUUUUAAGAGAGAACUGCUCCUUACUGAAGGUGUUCACUGCCGCGUUGCUGACAUUCAUCACAGCCCAGGUGCUGGCCGCCAUUAUGGCCUACAGUCUACAAGAUCAGAUUGGAGGCUACCUGCGGUCAGGGAUGUUAGCUGCAAUGGUGCGCUACCAGGAUGAUCUGGAUCUGAGGUUCAUCACGGACGAGAUUCAGUCAAAUCUGCAGUGCUGUGGGGCAGAUAACUAUCGUGACUGGGAGAUCAACAUAUAUUACAACUGCUCAGCUCCAGGAGUGCUGUCCUGUGGCGUCCCUGCGACAUGCUGUGUGGACCCUUUGGAGAACGGCACAGUGUGGAACUCUCAGUGUGGUUUGGGAGCCCAGCUGCUGGAUGAGUUUACUGCUCAGAGUGUGAUCUUCCUGGGCGGUUGCCUGGGAGGAAUCUCUCGUUGGAUCGAGCAUCACAAGGGCCUGAUUGGGACAGUUGGAAUCGUUGUACUGGGGGUCCAGAUUCUGGCUCUGUUUAUCACUACGCGACUGUUGGAACGCAUCCAGUGGCAUAAAGUUUACAUGUAACAUGA